AUGACUUCCGAUGCUCUAGAAGCUGAUCGAACGAUGUCGAAGCCAGAGAGCUUCCUGCAGCCAUUGCCCAGUCUGAACGUGGUCACGAAUGUGGAGAAGCUGGAUGCGGGAUUGCGGGGCCUGGACCACUACAGGACGAAGCUCCCAUUAUGGCGCUACAUACCCCGUAAACGACUCAUUCCUUUAGUACGCUGGGAGACACCGCAUUUAGCAGUCAUCCAGAGAAGCGUUCGAUCUCCAGCUCUUGACACGUACUUUUCAAUAACGGCGAACCUUGGAACUCAUACUUUCUUCAUGGUGUUCUUACCAAUACUCUUCUGGUGCGGCUACACAAGUCUGGGGAGAGGCAUGGUACACGUGCUUGCUUCAGGAGUCUUCUUUAGUGGCUUUCUCAAGGACAUGUGGUGUCUGCCGCGCCCACUUUCGCCUCCUCUGAACCGGAUUACCAUGUCACGUUCCGCGGCUCUAGAAUACGGCUUUCCCUCGACUCACUCAACUAACGCAAUGUCUGUAGCAGUCUAUGCGCUCUUCAUGUUGCACGCCCCCGACUCAAGUGUACCUUCUGCUGUUACGAUUGGAUUGGAGGCCGCCUCUUGCUGCUAUGCUGUCUCUAUAGUAUUUGGACGACUCUACUGUGGCAUGCAUGGAUUCUUCGAUGUACUCGUCGGCAGUGCACUAGGUGCUUCACUUUCCAUUGUUCAAUGUCUAUAUGGUGACAGCUUUGAUCAUUUUAUACAUACUGGGUCUUUCAAGGCGCCCACAGUAGUCAUUCUAAUCAUUCUGGUCCUCGUACGCAUCCAUCCAGAGCCGGCUGAUGACUGCCCAUGUUUCGAUGAUAGCGUCGCAUUUGCUGGAGUUAUGAUCGGCGUUGAAUUGGGCAAUUGGCAUUUCGGUCGGAGCGGCCGUGCUUGGAACGAGCCCGCUCUUGCAACCGUGCCAUUCGAUCUCGAAGCUCUCGGCUGGCCCAGAACGAUCGCGCGCAUCGUCAUUGGUGUUCUAAUGGUCUUCGCGUGGAGAGAAGUCAUGAAGCCAGCUCUACUGAAGUCACUUCCGCCAAUUUUCCGGGUUGUAGAGAUGCUUGGGUUGAGCCUACCAAGGAGGUUCUUUGUACAGGCUUCAGAAUACCAACAGGUCCCAAAUCAGAAAGAUGACAAUGUUAUACCAGCGGUUUCUGAAAUUCCUUCACUGCUUACCUCUUUUCGUCAUCCUCGCAGGAGUCGCUCAGUAUCAGUGGGACCCCAAUCUGAAGCCGACGCCUACGAGACCCUAGCCUACCGCGACAAACGUCGCAGACAGAGCAAGUCAGAAAUGACCAUGGCAACGCCAAGGAUCGACGAGAAAAGCAGCUCGGAAGAAAACGGGCCUGGCUACUUUAGCAUCUCGACAUCACACAGGGUUUCGAGCAGACACCCAACAGCUGGCUUGCCAACACCAGCAACGUCCAAUCUGGACCUCUACAAGUCAAUGACUGAACCUGAGCAAGUUUUGUAUACGCCCUUGACCCCUGGGACUGCGUCAGGAGCUAGUAGCCGCCGGCCAAGUUCAGAAAGAAGACAAGAUGAGAGAGAAGAGCGUGAGAUGUUCUCAAAGCUUGAAAAGCCUAGAGUACGAUACGAUGUGGAGGUUAUCACCAAGCUUAUUGUCUACACUGGUAUUGCCUGGAUCGCUGUCGAAGGCGCUCCCAUUCUGUUUGAGACAAUCGGCCUCGGGCUUGGUACCCAACCUGGCUGA